AUGGCAGGUGGGCUAGGGAAUGCAAUGGGGAGAGGAGAGAUUGGCAAAAAUUGCCUUAUCCACUUUCUUCAUCAUGGAGCCCUGUGGAUGAGAGGACAAGACCCACUGCAGCAUAUAUUCCACAGGUGUCUUGAUCUUAAUGGGUACCUCUCAGUGAGCACCCUUUUAUAUCAUGUAGAGCAUGGGUAGGCAAACUAAGGCCUGGGGCCCGGAUCCGGCCCAAUCGCCUUCUGAAUCCAGCCUGUGGACAGUCUGGGAAUCAGUGUGUUUUUACAUGACUAGAAUGUUUCCUUUUAUUUAAAAUACAUCUCUGGGUUAUUUGUGGGGCCUGCCUGGUGUUUUUACAUGAGUAGAAUGUGUGCUUUUAUUUAAAAUGCAUCUCUGGGUUAUUUGUGGGGGAUAGGAAUUCGUUCAUAUUUUUUUUCAAAAUAUAGUCUGGCCCCCCACAAGGUCUGAGGGACAGCGGACUGGCUCCCUGCUGAAAAAGUUUGCUGACCCCUGAUCUAGAGUUUCAUCAAAUUACUGAACAUUGUAUAAAUGAAGACCACAACAUUUUGGAGAUCUGCUAUUUUCCUUUGAAAUCACUCAGUAGGUUUCAGUUUCCCAUGAAAGUCCAUUUUAAAGCACAAAUGUUUGCUUUUCACAGAAAUUUGGUUUACUAAACUUUGAGUUCCUUCAUUCAAGGAUUUAUUUUCUAAGUACCAAGUCUUUUAGAGUUUGUAAGUGAAACUAUAGUGUCAGUUAGACUAGAACAACAUAGUUGUUCUGUAAUAAUGCCAUAAACUAGUAAGCUUUAAGAAAUUGUAGAAAUCCUGUGCCAAAAUAGCAUAGGUCUGUCAAUGGGUGUCUAAAUAAAGCCUCCAAGUUCAAUGGCACUAUACCUUUAAUUGUUGUUGUUUAGUCAUUUAGUUGUGUCAGACUCUUCGUGACCCCAUGGACCAGAGCAUGCCAGGCACUUCUGUCUUCCAUUGCCUCCCGCAGUUUGGUCAUGCUCAUGCUGGUAGCUUCGAGAACACUGUCCAACCAUCUCGUCCUCUGUCAUCCCCUUCUCCUUGUGCCCUCCAUCUUUCCCAACAUCAGGGUCUUUCCCAGGGAGUCUUCUCUUCUCAUGAGGUGGCCAAAGUAUUGUAGCCUCAGCUUCAGGAUCUGUCCUUCCAGUGAAAACUCAGGGCUGAUUUCCUUAAGAAUGGAUAGGUUUGAUCUUCUUGCAGUCCAUGGGACUCUCAAGAGUAUACGUUUAAUUAUAUGAUAUUAAAUACAAGCAACAGGGAGAAUUUUUUUUUAUUUGUUUCCUGCUUGUGAAUGUGCAGAAGCAUCUGGUUGGCACUGUUGGAAACAAUACACCAAACUAGAUAGAGCUUGUUCUGAUCCACUAUGGCAGUUCUUACAUCCCAUGUAUUUAUAUAUUUGUUUACAUACUAUGGAAGUUGCAAAACCACAUCCCCUGAUGCCACAUACUUCUCUAUUGCUUUGGGCACUGAUCUCUUGUAUAGAACUUCUGUUGAUACAGAGCACAGUGCUGAUAAUGGUGGAGGUUGUGCUUGAGAGCAGAAUGUAAGACACGCUGUAAAAUUCUGUAGCGUGAAUUAGAUCGAUGCCUUUAUACCACAGUUCUUGGGCUGCAAGGAAUUUGCUGGCAAGAGCAAUUUGCUUGUAUAUUAUAAGGUCAGUUAAUUAGUAGCCUCACUGCAAACUAACAAAGACCUCUGAUAUUAUCCCCUAAAUUUAUUGUGACUGCUACUCCACUGAACAGUAAACUUGAUCUUCUCUUUUAUGUCUUGGAAGUUAACAGUGCAAGGCAUACAAAGCUCUAUCAAAGUACUGGGCUCUUAAUGGCCUGCCAUUAAUGAUUUGUAUGAUGCAAUAAACAAACGUGGCUUCUUGGACUCUUCCAAAUAUAGGCAGAAUGAACUGGUUUUAUUCUGAAAUAUUUAUCUGACAUACUUUGAAUUGAGUUUUCAUUCUGCCGGUACAGAAAAGGCAGCACAGACAAUCUUGAUUAGAUUUAAUUUGAAAUAUCUUGUUGAAACAUGGACAAUUCUACUUUUGCAUAAAUACUUGUGAAUAAGUUUUUUUUGUGAGGAAAUUAUAAUCUCUCUUUGACACACAUACACAUGUAUCUUAGUUCUCAAUAAGUGCUUCCUACAAUGUGGGAAAUGGAUGGGCAAGGAAUUAUCAAAUGAGAUAUUUUAUCUUAAGGGGAAUAUAAAUUGAGUGGUUAAUAUCUGCAAUAACCGGUCAUUAUGCACAUUCACUAGGCCACCUGGAGUAUAUGCACAUAAUCCUUCCAUGAACAGGGAAAUGUGCACAGUUCUAUGUGCAUAGGUGCAUGGUUUCAGAUAAAAUUAUAUGAAUGCCAUGAAGGGGACAGCAAGCAUGAUCACAGCUCCUCUCCCACAUACUCAUACACGAGAGAGAGAGGGGUGUGUGGAAGGCUCAUUUAUCAACUGAAUCACUGCUUCUGAUAUCCUCUAUAUAGGUAACUAUGAAAUUUAGUUCCUAGACAGUUUUGUGAUGACCAUAAUCUUUUUCUAUGCAACAUCAAGAGUUAUAAACUUGCAGCUGCCCAUCUACUUAGAAGCUUGUCAUACUCUACUAGGUACAAAGGUACAUGCUCAGUUAGGCUGUUUUUCAAACGGGUAUUCCUUCAUGUCUAAAUGUUUGAACUUCAGGGAUAAAUUACAAAAACAGUAAUUUAAAAAAAUACUGAAAGACUGAGGAGAAACUGAAAGAGCUAAACAUCCAAGAAUAUGUAUAAGUCAACUUGCCCGAAUCCCAAUGUAGAAGGGCAAUUUCUCUAGAAUCAGACAUGUCUGAUCAUAUUUGAUAGCCCCCCUGUUUCUUAGCAAUACUAUAUAGUUAGCUUUAAAAAAAUUCCAUCCAUAGAAAUCAGCUGACACAAGGUGAUUUUCAUCUGAAGUAUUAAUCACUGUAUCUACUGAUAUUAACUAUGAUGUAUUAUUUUUCAGUUGUAGAUUUGCUGGAAAAUACUAAAACGAAGGGUUUCAACACUGUGAUUAUCAUUCUGCUAGUUCUUAGUUUGAUCAGCUCCUUCCUCAGUUCUGGAUUUACAUGCUACAAUGCCGUUAGCAACCCCUACCAAACCUUUUUGGGCCCUAUUGGGGUCUAUACCUGGAAUUCUAUAUCUGGUAAGUAAUAUACAUUGUUGUUGUUGUUGUUGUUGUUGUUGUUGUUGUUGGCAUCCUUCUGUCUCAGGAGACAAUGAAGGGGUCACCUUUGGGGUGAAGUCAAACCGUUGGAGAGUUACAUCACCUGCUGUGGCUGUAGAGACCAAUAUGGGAGAGACAUGUUCUAUUGUAGGUGGGGCAGGUGAAGGCGUCUGGUUUUGCUACUAUGGGUACACUAUGGGUUUUUCUUCUCUCUGUGUUCCUCCCAGCUGUCAUUUAUCCUCUGGUCACUGCUUGUGGAUACGUGACCUGACUGUCUCCAGGCACUGCGGUCACCUGCAAUGGAUUCCCACACGGUGGGGUCAAUGUUGCCAACCUUCACGUUACAUUUGCAGAUAUCUUUGUAACAUUUGGUCUGCCAAUGGGCCUGAUGCCUUAAACCAGCUUCCCACGGAGUAUGUCCCUGGGGAUCUUGCCAUCUUCCAUUCUGUGGACAUGACCAAGCCAGUGUAGACAUAUGGUUUUAAAAAUAUGAUAUUGCCAGUUUAAGGCCAGUGAGACCAUGCACCCACUUUCCCUUGGUCUCUCAAGUUCAAAAUCCAGAUAGGGAGAAUGAAAUACCUGGGACCAGGAAAGAUGACUUACAUUGUCCUGGUCAAUUUUGCUGCUACGGCCUGAGAAACCCUCCUCUGAGAUGGUCAUACUUAUUUGUUGCUUACAUCCGUAGCUGGCAGGAAGAGUUACACAGUGGGAGAUGAGGGCUUCCUCUGAUGCAGUAGGGGUCAGAAUGGUACUCCUGCUAAUGACUUGCAGUUUUUCCUAGCAUCCCUGUGAUUGAUGAUGAUGCCAUUAAUGAAAAAAAUAUCCAACACAAGUUUAGGAAACAAUUCACCUAUUUUGUAGAUGUUUAAAGGGUAAGAAGAAGUGUUUUGCCUUGGCUGUAUGCCUGUAGUGAAUGAACUGAUUUUGAGAAGAAACUGCUUGCUUAAUUAUUUAUAUAUCAGCAUAUUUCUGGGCCAAUGCUUCUUUCUUUCUAAAAGGCACUCAAAGAGACUUACGUAUAAUAUCAUGUUAGCUCACAAACUUUAGCCCACAUAUCUUUUCUGUUGUGUAGUGCUGUUUUGAGAGUGUAGUUUGAAGCAAAAAAAAGUGGUGCAGUGGUGCAAAAUCUCAACAUAACAGUGGAUGAAUAUUUUCUCUCUCUUCUUUAUCAUGUUAUUUUUAUUAUUUACUAAAUUUGUUAGUUGCUUUAUCUUGUCCAGGGCAACCCAAAGAGGCUUACAACCAACCAACCAACCAACCAACCAACCAACCAACCAACUAACUAAGUAACUAACUAACUAACUAAACAAACAAACACUUCCAUAGAUGCAUUAAAAGCAAAGGAGGGAAAUAACUACAGUGGUACCUCGGAUUACAUACGCUUCAGGUUACAGACUCCCCUAACCCAGAAAUAGUGCCUCAGAUUAAGAACUUUGCUUCAGGAUGAGAACAGAGAUCGUGCUCCGGCGGCGCAGCAGCAGCGGGAGGCCCCAUUAGCUAAAGUGGUGCUUCAGGUUAAGAACAGUUUCAGGUUAAGAACAGACCUCCGGAACGAAUUAAGUACUUAACCCGAGGUACCACUGUACAUAAGUAACAUCAGGGGUCAACAAACUUUUUCAGCAGGGGGCUGGUCCACUGUCCCUCAGAUCUUGUGGGGGGGCAGGGUAUAUUUUUUUGGGGGGAAUGAAUUCCUAUACCCCACAAAUAACCCGGAGAUGCAUUUUAAAUAAAAGGACACAUUCUACUCAUGUAAAAACAUGCUGAUUCCCGCACCAUCCGCGAGCCGGAUUUAGAGAGCGAUUGCCUACCCAUGAGUAACAUCCUACUCUCUUUUAAAAGGCACAGAUAGUAAAAGCCCACUGAUAAUUAAAGGUCAAAGGCUUGGUUAUAAAGUUUUUGCCUGGUGCCUAAAGAUAUGUAAUAAUGGCACCAAAUGAGCCUCCUGUCCACAAGUUGGCAGCCAUCACAGAAAAAGGAGUUCCAAAUCCAGACUAAGACACCUGAACCCUCUUGUCACUUAGUCUUAUGGUAGCGUCACACACUAAAAAAAAACCACAACCCUCCAUGGAAAGACAGCAUAAGAAGGCCCCUUUUGCAAGAAACAAAAACAGGUAUGGAUUAAGUCGUAGUAAGAUUAUUCUAGCAAUACAGUGAGGUUCAGAUGCUUCCUGCAGAAAUACAGGACCAGGGAUUGCACAAUGCUUUAAAAACUGGGAGAAAAUUUUGACACAGCACUAACCGCAUCAGGUAGAUAAUGUAUAUAAAAUUUCCAGUUAUCAGAUCAACAGGGACCAUUCUCAUAAACUAUAGAAAUUGGUGGCUUAUAACAGCAGACCAUUCUCAUAAACUAUAGAAAUUGGUGGCUUAUAACAGCAGACCAUUUUUGUGUGUGCACCGCAGAGUAUACCAAUAUCUGCAAACUGAGAGUGCCUCCAAAAUUCAUCUAUAACACCUAUUUCUUCUGUAGCUGUGCACAAGCUGAGUAAUAGUAGACAAGCCAUCUUUCAAGGAAGGUUGUUCAAAUGAGCUUCUUCAGAUGCCCCCGAGUUCAUAUUCGAAACAGAACAGAAUUGAAUAGAAUUGUGACUGUAGAUUGCUGUCUUCUAAUUAUCUGAUCUGUACUUGAUCUCCUUGAAAUGUAAGACUACUGCAGAGAAAGACUAAUAGUUGGAGUAAUGCGGUCAAUAGCUGCAAUCUCAAUGAGCUGUGUAUGGCUAGGCACAUGGAAACUGAAUGCAGUCAGGUUUUUUUCCUUUUGUUUUAGUUUUUAAAUUACAAUAGCAGCUCCAACAGCUGCAGAAGCAAGAAGUGCUUAAAUCUCAACAGCUCCUUUGGAUUGCAGCCAAUAUUUCUUAAAUAAACUCAGUAUUCCACUCAUAAUACAAGUAUAAGCAGAAUCCAUUUGUACAAAGAUACAUCAGCUUUAUCAUCUCCCUACUUACAUUUAAAUAUUAUACAUUUUAUUUGUGGGUUUAAUGAACGGUGGAGGUUGCAUAUGAACUAGCAACACUUGAAUGAGAAGUCUCUUUGAUUAGGCUUCUGGAACAAAACUAUUAAUCAUGAGCAUUUGCUUUCACUACAUGACAGCAAAAUUGGAAUAUGCCAUAUAAAUUAACUAACCAUAUGAUAAUAGUAGUCAGCAGGUAUUAUUCACAUAAACACAUAACAAGAAAAUGAUCAUCAGGGCCAGCUCUACCAUUGGGCAGAGUGAGGCAGCUGCCUCACAUGGCAGAUGUUCAAUGGCAGUGCAGUAUCUCCCCACCAUUAUCCAGAGUCUUGUAAGCCAGCUUGCUCUGCACCCCCAAAGAUAGCCUGUUGUUUCCAGGUUUGAUGGAGAAAGGAAAGCUGUCAUUUGAACAGUGUUAAAUAAGAUACAACUACAAGUUCAGCUGGAUUCUAUGGAAGCUGCUGUUCCAUUAGAGUAACAGAUUUAUAGUUGUGCAAUGGAGCUUUCUUCUCCUCUACCCUGGUAGCCUCAUGUGUACUCCAAAAAUCUGGUUCAGAGGGUUGGAGAACUUUCUGGAGCAUAUUUUGAGGGCAUUUGGGGAGGGAAGUGGAAGGCUUGUUGCAUGAGUGGAACUCUCCACAUACACUGUUGGAUACAAGCCUGGAUGAAAUGGGAUGGUACCAUCUUAUCCAUUGCCUCAGGCAGCAAAAUGUAUUGGGCCAGCCGCGAUGAUGACAUAGCAAUGUCCAAAAUAGCUCUGGGAGAAUGUGACAUCCCAGGAUGCCCUCUGGAGGAAAGGCAUUUAUCCUGCCUAGAUGCAGUGUGUGUUAGUCCCUCAAACAAGUGUAUGGGAACUGUAACUAACAUGAUGCCCUGGCACUGGUGAAUGAUUCAUGCAGCUCUCAUCUAGUAAUCUAAGGGCCCAAACUGAAGUGCUGCACAAGAUCUGUGAGUGGCUCUCUUGACGUUGUUUUCAGACUUUGAAGCAGCAGCUGGAAACUCUGAUUUUGAUCAGAGCAGAGAAAAAGUAGGGAUUAGUCAUUUCUCCCUGCACCAUUUCCCCCAAUCUAAAUCAUCCACACAUCCCAAAGCUAUUAGCCCCCUGAGAAAGAUGCAGGCAUGAAGCAGGUGUCCCGCCAGGAGGCAAUCUAGAGCAUGGAAAUGGCACAGAGAAGCUUAAUUGCUUGCCCAACGCUGCUGUGAUGGCUGAUUUGUCAUUGCUACUUUGUGAUAGUGGUCCUAAUAAAGGUGUUAUGCUGCUAUAACUUCUGCAUGUCUUUUUCCUAAUUGACCAACAAAGGUACCUAUGAUGUCUGAUCUGUGGCAGUUAUGAUACACGCAACUGUCACUUGAUGGGUCACACUGCUCUAGUAAAUACAGAUAUCAGAUUUCUCCAAGAUAACGUUGUGUCAUUUAUUUUACAAUCAGAGGGUAGUUUUAGCAUUUACUUUACGAUGGUCCUAUUCUGUACUAGCUGUCUCCCACACAAAUCCCAUCUGCACUUUGCCUCAGGCUGAGUUUCCACUCUCCUACAUAAAACCUCCCAGACAUCUUCCACCCCAAACAUAACAAACCUGUUAAAGAAAUAUCACCACAAGACCGUUGCUACAUUUUGAAUUUUAAUAAAAGUUGUGAGGUUAGUAAAGCCUUGAAGAGGGCAGCAUCAGAACUGAAGUUGCAAAAAUAGGGCAAAACUUUGCUAAGAGAAAAAUCAGCAAUACAUCAGGUUCUGUAGAGGAGGGGAGAGACAGAGAGAGCAGAUUUCUAGACGUUUCAGAAAGUUGAGAUUUGUUAGAAUGUAAGAUGAACUCCAUCAAAUAUUUCCCUGGGGGUAUAACCCUUCAUUCCCCUAUUUGGCUUACAUCUGGUUUCUUUUGAUGUGCUUUGCUAUCCUUGUGAUCUCGCUACUGAAAUAACUCCAGUUCUUACACUAAAUAUGUCUCAAGAGGCUCCUGCUUUUUCUAACGGCAAGCUUUGGACUAAAAGAAUUUAUUCACAGGGAAUGGGGGAGCCUGUUACAAAAUAUACCAGCAUUAGAUCGUUCCCAUAUAAUAUCUUUUUUUGUUGAAAGAUGGUUCUUACUACCAGAGUACUUUACUUUUCUGCUUUCCAGCUUAAUAGUUCCUUUUGGAAGUGAUUUGGUACCAGUAGAGGAAGAUUUCUGAAGCACUGUAAAAAUGUCAGGUUCCAGUGUCAGCAGAUGAAAAUCAGGAUAGUUGGUCCUAAAUUUAGCACCCCUGUGCUGAGUUUAUGCCAUUUUAGGCUUUUUCCAGACUUGGAGCCUUGGAAAUGGUGGUAUUUCCAGAUCUGUAUAACACCUAAACAGGGUUUAUUCAUCACUUGUAUUUCAGGAUAGUCCCAAUUACAGUCUGAUUCUGAGAGUAUUUACUUGGUAUCAAGUCCCACUGCAUUCAGUGGGGCUUUUACACAGGUAAGCCUGCAAAUGCCAGGCUUCAGUGGGAGCACACUUUUCUGCUGCUUUCCAAAACUAAAGUUAAGGGUCAGGCAUUGGAGCGCAGACUGGAAAGGACAUGUUUUUCCUUUGAAUUGUGAUAAUCUGAUGUCCAGUGAUUAAAAAAAAAUGACAGUGAGCUAGGCUAGAUUGCAUUCCCUACCACUGAUUUAGAUAAAAUGGGGUGGGGGGAGAGGUCAAGACUUGUGAAUUGCAAAAAGAGAAUUUCCCGAUAAUUUAAGCACUGCUCCACCAGCCUUGCCCUUUCUUCCAACCCCACCUAAGCCUCUGACAGCCUUAUUCUGCAAAUUUUGUUGACAACAGAAAAAAACUUUGAAAAAAAUAUUCAUCUGCCUACUAUCACUUUCUCAAACUAAUAUCAGAAAUAUUUGCUUUCCUUUUUAUUUUUAAGGCAUCUGCUCCCUCCUGGGCUUGUUUCUGUUUCCUGCAAAUGUGGAAGUGAACGAACUGUCCGUUGAGCUGGCUGCACCUUGCGGUCCUUCAAAAGAAGCCACACUCUCUAACACUUAUGGAUAUUCAUACUGGAUCGUGCUCCUUAUAGUCCUUUCAAAUGCUGCAGCUAUCAUUAUCAUUGUUUUCUACCAACGUGCAAGGUAUUCGAAAAGGAAAGAGCGAGAGAGACCCAUGGAAAUUGCACCCAAAGAUGGCAUUUUAUUUUGA